CUCUUUUCCCUUUUUUUUUUCUUUCUUUCUUCACCAAUCACUAAUCGCUGUUCACUCUACUCUCUCUUCUGCCUCUUCCCUUCUAACUGGACAUUGUAAGAAGAACUAAACUUACUAGAACUAGAGAAGCAUGCAAUCAAAUUCCAAAAGUGCAAAUUGUGGGGAAGCCAGAACUUAUAAUGUUCCAAAUUCCACUGUAGAACCUUGGUGGAAUACUGCUGGCAAUAAUCCUGUUUCUCUUGGAUUGAUGCGGGGAAGUGCAUCAGAUUCACCAUCACCCGAACAAGCUGUGGAUGGCCGAUCACAAUCUGAUGGUGGAUCCAACGAGGAAGAUGACGAUGCUCCUGAAAAAUCACAAAGUACCAUACCUAAGCAUUCAGAAUUAGAUGGGAGUUAUGCACAAGUAGAUCAGAAUUUACAGCCAAUGGCAUCAACCAUACCUCCAAAGGGUGAUGGGAGCCUAACACAACCCCCACAGCUUAAACUUGUUGCGCACUCCAUGGUGUGUGCUCCAAAUCUGUAUGUUGACCCAUACUAUGGGGGAAUACUGGCACCUUUUGGUCAGCCUAUGGUCCCUCCUCAUGUACUUGAUAUGCAUCAUCCGAGGAUGCCUUUGCCCCAUGAAAUGGCUCAAGAGCCUGUUUAUGUCAAUGCCAAGCAGUAUCAUGGUAUUCUGCGACGAAGAGAGUCACGUGCGAAAGCAGAACUUGAAAAGAAGCUUAUAAAAGUGAGAAAGCCGUAUCUUCACGAGUCGAGACAUCAGCAUGCCUUGAAAAGGGCAAGAGCUUCUGGAGGGCGUUUUGCUAAAAAGUCAGAUGCUGGUACUUCUAAGGAAGACGGAUCUGGUUCUGCUGUGUCUGUGCAUUCAUCAGGUUCUGAACCUUUGCUGUCCAACGCUGUUGAUGUUCCAGAGUGGCGUCAGCAUUCUUAUUCGAAUGGUAAAGGUUAUGGAAAACAAAGCAGCUUUCAGGAAUCGAAAUAUCAGGCCCAGUCUGCCCAGGUAGGGGAAGGAGGUUCUUCCGGCCAGCGAUGGUAGAAACAUCACAUCUUAACAAGGUUUUCGCUGUUUAGUGAAGCUUUAGUACCUCUGACCAUAUCAGCAGUUAUAUGUUUCACUCUUGGCUGGUCCAAGCCUGGUGGCAAUUCAUCCUUGGCUUUUUAUUUCAAUGUUAUGGAAAAGAGGGGCCAUGCGCCUAGUAGAUUCGGUUCUUCCUUUCUGUACAGAAAAAAUGGACUAGGACUAGAGUUGAAACGGAAGAAUUCAGUAAGCAUAUGGCUAGCUUGUUAGUGUAAUUUAGAGGGGUGUAAACUGUAAAGUUAUAGGUAUGCUGUAGACUUGUCCCAUUUCCUCUUAGGGAGAUGAAAAGUUUGUAGGUAGGUUGUAUACUUGUCAACAUUUCCUUUGUGCUGCUGUAUUUUAGGAUCUUGAUUUUGUGGAACUACGAAUUUGUUGUUUAAUUCGAUGACAGUGGUAGUGUCUUUCUGGGCUA